UGAGGAUCGAGGUGGACGUGGAGCAGCUGAGCGACGGGUCGCCGCCCGUGCUCGUGAACGUCGCGGCGGGCAGCAGCGACGUCGAGGUCACGCCCGCCGACAACGUCGGCACGUCGGCGCUGCAGUUGGCGGCCGACGUCCGCCUCCAGCUGCACGGAUCGUCGACGGAGGAGCAGGUGACCUACGAGCGCGCCGACGCCCUCACCAUCAACCUCACCCACACGGACUCUUUGACCUUCAUGCACCGACACACCAUCGUGAAGCGCGGCCCCACCCCCGUGGGGGAGGUGGAGUUUAUGGUGCGAAUACCUGUGGGGGACCAGCGGGGUAACCUGCUCGCCACCGUCUAUUACCCUGAGCGGGAGUUCCUGGGGGAGGUGUUCCCGUGUGAGCUGCGGGGCGCCCAGUACGGCAGCACCCAGCGGGGCGCCGCCGUCAACCUCACCGACGCGGGGGACGACCUGCACCCACGGGCACCUGUUAU